CCGUCGUCACCACCAUCAUCAUCACCACCACCAUCAUCACCACCACCAUCGUCAUCGUCAACGCGUCCCAGCUAGACCGGACAAGUCGAGAGCCGAUCGCGUGGCGGCGCUCGUCGCGAGCAGUCGACGGCGGAGUUGAUGGCUGGCGGGGGUCCCGUGUUAGUCGUCAUCGUCGGCGGCGGCGGAUCACUUCUGUGAGCGCGCGGUGCGGCCACCUCUCCUGACACCAACACCACCAACCACCUCGUCCCACGCGACGAUGCCGACCUCGUCGCGGGCCCCGUUCGCGUUGGGCCGAGAGCUGCUGCUGCUUCUGGCCGCAACUCCGAGGCGGCCGCUGGGCGGCCCGUGGCGCAGCGCGCACUCCCCGCCGACCUUGGCGGAGGGCGGCCGAGAGCCGGCUGGGCAGAAGGAGAAAGUUGAGGCCAGAAAACUAAAGCCGUUGCUGGAGGACGGGCCCGAUCUGAAAGAGUUCUUGUCAGGGGACUUGGCAGAUCGGAACAAAUGGGAUGAAUAUAAGGGGAAUCUGAUACGUGGCAAAGGAGAAAGGCUAAGGCUGCCUCCAUGGCUCAAAACGAAAAUUCCAGUCGGAAAAAACUACAACCGAUUGAAGAACACACUCCGGGAGCUGAAUCUGCAUACGGUGUGUGAAGAGGCUCGAUGCCCCAACAUUGGUGAAUGCUGGGGAGGAGGCGAGUAUGCUACAGCCACCGCUACCAUCAUGCUCAUGGGAGACACGUGCACACGGGGCUGCCGCUUCUGCUCGGUGAAGACGGCGCGCGCGCCUCCUCCGCUUGACCCGGCCGAGCCGCACAAGACGGCGCACGCCAUCGCCGCGUGGGGGCUCGACUACGUGGUGCUCACGUCGGUCGACCGCGACGACAUAUCUGAUGGUGGUGCCGCGCACAUCGCAGAGACCAUUCGGCAUCUCAAAGAAAAGAAGCCAGAGCUCCUGGUGGAGUGUCUCACGCCUGACUUCCGGGGUGACCUCGCGGCUGUGGCGACGGUGGCAUCGUCGGGCCUGGAUGUUUACGCGCACAACGUGGAGACCGUGCGGGAGCUGCAGAGGAAGGCACGAGACCCCCGCGCCAAUAUCGACCAGUCGCUGAGCGUCCUGAGGCAUGCUAAGGCAGUGCAACCGAGCCUGCUCACCAAAACCUCCAUCAUGCUGGGCCUCGGAGAGACGGACGAGCAGGUGAUUUCUACCAUGAAAGAAAUCCGAGAUGCUGGAGUUGACUGCCUGACGCUUGGGCAGUACAUGCAGCCCACAAAACGACACCUAAAGGUGGAGGAGUACGUGACCCCGGAGAAGUUCCAGCAGUGGGAGCGUGUGGGGAAGGAGCUGGGCUUCGUUUACACGGCCAGCGGACCACUCGUGCGGUCCUCCUACAAGGCUGGUGGGUUUUUUUCUGAAGAACCUACUGCAGCAGAGGAAAGUGGACGAUCGUGCUUAAUGCAGGGUGGCGAAGGCGCUUAAAUGUGAAGGCUGCCGAUGGAAAUUAUUGCAAUUCGCCGUCUUUACGACAGUGCCUACAACACAACACCAUUGUAUAGCUGCUCUUGAGGGUAGGCAAGGACAAAUGUAAGCCAUUGGUGCAAUUGAUCCUCGGAAUAAUCAUUAAAUAGAAAAAAUAAUUUAAGUGUAAUCUUCAUGUGAAUGGGAUUGCGUUAUUGUUUUUAUGAAAGCUACUUGCAUGUUUCAUCACCCUUUAUUAUUUCAGGGUUAUGAGUUGCAGGAUAUCCAUUGUUUGCUUUGUAAAGGUGGUAUAAGGUAGGGGUGGAAAUAAGUCGGUUUCAUCUUUUUGCUUAUAAACUGCAAACAUUGCACUGGAGCCUAAAACACUACACAUUAUAUGUUACAUCACUUCUAAGCAUGGGAAACUGUUCGAAAGCUAACAGAAUUAGUUGAAGCACUGCGGGUUAAUUUGUAUAAAUGUACCAUUUUGACUGCGUGCUGUGUCAAGCAACUGAAUUGUAAUUGCUUUAAAUAGUUUUUUUGCGUAAGGCCAAUUAUUAAUUGUCAGCAAGUCAAUGAAUGUUUGAUUGAAUGCACUAGCAUUUGUUGAAUGAAUUAACGUGACUCUUGGUCUAUGAUCAAAAUAAACGAAAACGUAAACAAUAUUGCUUUUUAUUGUUACAAAAACAACUGCAGCAUAUUCCUUAUUAAAUGCUUAGAAUGGUCCAUGAUUAUAAAGAUAAUAAACGUGUAGGAUUUGACAAUGUAAUAUACCAUUAUAGUGUUAAAGUAACAACUGUGCUAAACAUACAAAAAUAUGAAUUUAAACAAAUCGAAAAAUAAAGUUUUCUUACGCAAUUAUUGCAGUAUAUGAAUGCUCCCACUAUAAUUAAAUUAAAACCAUUCUGUAACAUUUUCAAAAUCGGAGCUCAUUACUGUGCAGGUUGAAAAGACAGCACACAAUUGUAUGAAUGUUUGGAGUUAUUUGUUCCUCUGCAGCUAAACUCUGAACCCAUGAACUAUGAAACCACUGAUUAAUGUCAAGGUUGAACUGUGCCCAUAGGUAGAGAUUAACUCUACUUCUCUCUGAACUAAAACGUACAAAAUACGUAAUCAUUCAAGUAAACCUUCAGCACACAUGAUACACAUCGCACCCCUGGGAAUACUCAACUUCAAGUGUUAUGGUGACACAGCCUGUGAGCUUAGAAUUUCAGCUGUGUGUAUAACAUAUAUGGCCAAGACAUUUGAUUAGCCACACAUUAGGUAUGGCCUUUCAACUUAUCACAGCCAGGACAAAAGGGCUUUAGAUUACACUGGAAUAGAGUGCUGGCAAACCCGAGCAUUUGAAAGGAGGAAAUGCCUCAUUGGACCACCGACCAAAAUUCUACCACUUGUAAGACAAAACAUCUGAUGUAACAAGGUACAGCCAGCAGUAAUAACUGCCUUGUGAUUGGUGCAAAUGCGUCGUGAAGGCAGGACACUACUACACCACUCUAAAAAACUACAAACAUUUGUACCCAAGCCUCUGCCAAAUCCAAACACAUCCAACAUUUAAAUGAACUGAAAUGUGCAGUGGUGCAUGGACCGUCAAGAAUCCAGUUGAGCAUCCGCAAGGCUUUAUGUAGGUACAUCAUUGUCCUGUUUAAACCACAGCGCGAGGUGCCUCUUGAGCGGAUUUCACAUUGGUAAUAAAACAUUCGUAUGAUCAUUA